ACCGCCUCCAUCCUUUCACCGAAAAGGCAAAUUCCCUGCCCGGACCGCGCCGCAGUUUCGCUUUCCUCGCAAAGCCCGCCUUCUCUUGACGUUUGGAAAGCGCAGCCACCCAAAAGGAGCCCGGAGAAGACCAAACGCGCGUCGUUCUGGAGAAGUUGCCCGUUUUUUGUUUUUCCUGAGGCGAUCAGAGGCGAGGCUCCCUCCACUCAUGCCGGGCGCACGGAAGAAACCCCGCGGCGGAGCCCCCAGCUCCCCCUCAGGCUCGGUGUCGCGACCCGCGCGCCGCCCCCGGAGGCCUGAGGAGCAAGUGCCCCAAAAGACGCGCGAGCGGCGAUCGCAAGAGAGCGGUCGGUUGGCUUCUCCCGCGGGCUCUUCCCCGCCACUCGGGCCCCUGUUGCUCUUUUUCCCAACGGCGGGGGACCACCGCACUAUCUUCAAAGGGGGCCCUGGGGCCAUUUGCCAGAUCAGCUGCAAGCAAGCUUACCUCGCCGUGGCGCAGACACCGAAAACAGUGCAGCUUUUCGGCCGGGCGCAAGACAAACCGCACCAGCCCCUGGUGGAAAGUCGCGGCAGGAUCUACUUGAAAGAGAAGAUAAAUUCAUUUGAUUGUGAAGCAUCUCACCUGCUUAUUCUUUCAACAAAUGGAAAACUUUCAGAGCAUGAUACUACAACCAAAACCUCACAAAUAAGACUACUGAAAGAAUUAGCAAAUAAACAAAUUGUUCAGAUUGCAUGUGGUGACCAUCAUUCCAUGGCUCUUUCAAAAGGAGGAGAACUCUUUGCUUGGGGUGAGAAUGAACAUGGCCAGCUUGGAGUGGGAAAGGCAAUGGGUCACAUUAAGGAACCACAGCUGGUACAAGCAUUGGAAGGCAUUCCUUUGAUUAACAUUGCAGCUGGAUCUGCUCACAGCAUGGUUGUCUCUAUAUUUGGGACUGUUUACUCUUGGGGAAAGAAUAUGUUUGGACAACUUGGCCUUGGAGACACAGAAGACAGAUACAUUCCCACAAAUGUGAAGGCACUGGAGCAAAAGAAGACAGUUUUUAUUUCAUGUGGUGGCGAGCACACUGCAGUUCUCUCAAAGGAUGGAUUAGUCUGCACCUUUGGAUCUGGCUGCUACGGUCAGCUUGGCCACAAUUCCACCUGCAAUGAGUUGUUUCCACGUCUUGUGGCAGAGCUGUUUGGUGCACAAGUGACCCAGGUAGCGUGCGGAAGAUGGCACACUUUGGUUUAUGUCCCGGCACUUGGGGAAGUAUAUUCAUUUGGCUAUGGAGCUGAAGGGCAACAUGGAGAAGGAAGAACAAGUGACCAGCUGAUUCCUCUCCCUCUUGAUCUGGGUGUUCGUAAUAAACACAGAAGUACCUUGGACAAGGUAGUUAAAAUCAUUGCUGGAGGCAACCAAAGUAUUGUGCUUCACCUGGAAGAAAAGAAUGCGUACACUAAUGUAUUGCAAACACUGGCCACAGUGGAGGAGGAAAAGGUUCUUAAGUGGUUGUCCAAUUCAGAUCCCAGCUGCUGGAAUAAUAUAAAAUGGAAUAUUAACUUGAUCUUCUCGUCAGCAGCUUGCAUCAAUGGCAGUUUUCUACAACAGAGAGAGGAAAAAUUCAGAACAUUUGAAGAGACGGUUGGUGUUGAUAUGUCGGCUGUUCUUCUUUUCUUUAAGAAGAUUGCCACUAAGCCUAAAGUCUUCACACAGGUGAAAAGGGGUCUGAAGAGCCUUCUGGGUUGUCCCCUUCACUCUCCAACCUCGCCAGAAGCACUCAGGUUCUUCCUCAUUGUGCCCGCACUUUUACAAAAUCAAGAUGUGGAUUUGGAUCCUCUUCUUAAUCAACUGGCAGAAGCAAUCUGGAAACUCCCACAGAAAGGCAAGCAAGCACUUGAAACUCUAUGGUCCAAUUUAGAAGUGUGCUUCUUUAAGGAUCUGGUGUCCAUGUUUCAACGGCUUAUUGGCGUUAACAUGUUGUCGUACUGUAGGGAGUACAAUAAUUGGUAUUUCAACAAAAGUGGAUGUACUAUACCUCUUAAGGUCUUCCAAAUGCUUUAUGAAGUAAAUUGCAGGUCUGGCUUCAAAAUUCAGGAAAGUAAUUUUUAUGUACCUGAAGCAAAGAAAAUAAUUUCAAAAUGGGAUAAAUUGCUCAAUUGGUUUCAUGUCUUAAAUCAUAAAUCAUCUUUGUUAUUUCAGCUGUUCAUCCAAUUUCCUUGGAUCUUGAAUCUUGAAAAUAAAAUUGUGGUGCAUAAAACAAAAUGCACAAUGUUGCACUGGGAAUACAAACAGGAAUACAUUGUAACCUCGACAAUGAAUGUAAGGAAGCAGUAUUUACUACAGGAUACCUGGCACUACCUAAGAAAUGCAGAAGAAAUUUGCUUUCAGCAAUAUUUUCAAGUGUAUUUUCAAGGAGAACCUGGAGUCAAGUAUGGGGGCCUGAUCCAGGAGUUCUUCACAAUCAUCAGCAGACAACUGUGUAAUCUAGAAGAACAAGUAUUUAGGCGCUUUGACGAUUCGGGUUAUAUUUGGUUCCUUCGUGAGAUAUCAACACAGGAAGACAUAUAUUUUUUAAUUGGGAACCUGUUCGGAAUAGCGCUCCAAAAUCAGAAGAUAAUUGCUUUACCCUUCCCUCUUGCAUUGUUCAAGAAAUUGGCAAAUAUGGAGCCAACGCUGGAAGAUUUAAAAGAAGUCUCUCCCACAGUUGGACGUAAUCUUCAGUAUAUACUGGAUCAACCCUGUGAUGACAUUUUCAAAAGCAUGGAGCUGAGUUUUACGAUAACAGAAAAGUAUAAAGGAUCCAUAAUUGAGGUUGACUUGAAAGAAAAUGGUGUCAACAUACCUGUUACUUUAAACAACAGAAAGGAAUACGUUGAUGCUUAUGUGAAUUACAUGUUUAAUGAUUCCGUGAAGAAGCAGUUUGAGGACUUCACACGUGGAUUUCAAAGAGGUUGCCCAAGUACAACGUGGAAAAUGUUUCUUCCUGUUGAGCUCCGCAGUAUCCUGUUUGGACAUACCACAUACGACUGGGACCAGUUAGAAAAGAUUGUCAGAUAUCGUGGUUUUGAAAAAUCAGACGAAACAAUCAAGAAUUUUUGGACAGUCUUUCAUGAACUUCCUGAGGAAAACAAGAGGGAUUUUCUUGCUUUUCUCACAGGAACUGUUCGCAUUCCAGGAGAAGGGAUGGACAAUUACAUAAUAACUAUUGUUGACCCAGAUGAAGAAAAUCCAGACCAGGCGUUCCCCAAAAUUUACACUUGCACUAAAAGUUUGCAUCUCCCGAGAUACACAGAUAAACACAUUCUUAAAGAAAGGUUAUUGUUUGCCAUAGAGAAUUUUAGGGACAAUGGCCUGGCCUGAAAGCCAGAUGAGGUCUUCAUUCUGCUAUGAUACUUGGACAUUUGGUUCUUAUGCCCAGGAGGGCUAGAAUAUUUAAAUUCAGUAUCCCGUAUCACCGUGCAAUUUUCCUGAGUGAUCUUGAACAAGUGCGUCGGCAUGAUGGUAAAAGAGCAAUGAGCCUUUGUGCAGACCAGUGAUUCUGGAAGAAAGAAAGAAUAAAUAAAUAGUUCUGUAACCCCAAUAUGUGUUCUAAUUGAUUUGGAGAAGGGCGAUAGGUUGAUUAAAAAAACAACGAAAUAUCAUUACAUUACAGUUCCUAUUCUGUGUAGUAGAAUUGCUAACUGUGGUGACCUAGGGUGGGGAUACAAAACAAACACAGUCACAAAAACCUG